UUUCGAAAGCGCGAUGACGCGAUGUCGUCAUGACGUCGUGACGUGACCUUACGGCGGCACGCGGGAAAAUUUAGUUUGAACUGGAAGUGGAGCUUAGCGGCAAAUAUGGCUAUGAGGAAUGCUUCUCUGGUGGAGGUGGAGGCAGAUGUAGAGGAGGAAGAACAUUUUGGGCCGCAACCGGUUUCACGUUUGGAGCAAAGUGGCAUCAGCAGCAGCGACAUUAAGAAGCUGGAAGAUGGUGGUUUUCACACCGUGGAGGCCGUAGCGUAUGCGCCCAAGAAAGAGCUGCUGCACAUCAAAGGAAUCAGUGAAGCCAAAGCCGACAAGAUCCUGACAGAGGCUGCUAAGAUGGUUCCCAUGGGCUUCACCACAGCGACGGAGUUCCACCAGCGCAGAGCUGAGAUCAUCCAGAUCUCAACAGGGUCCAAAGAGCUUGAUAAACUCCUGCAGGGAGGAAUCGAGACGGGGUCCAUCACUGAGAUGUUCGGCGAGUUUCGCACAGGAAAGACACAGCUGUGUCACACACUGGCCGUCACAUGCCAGCUGCCCAUAGAUCAGGGCGGUGGAGAAGGAAAAGCCAUGUACAUCGACACAGAAGGAACCUUCCGUCCAGAGAGACUGCUGGCUGUAGCUGAGAGGUACGGGCUGGUGGGCAGCGACGUGCUGGAUAACGUGGCGUACGCCAGAGCCUUCAACACAGACCAUCAAACACAGCUGCUGUAUCAGGCCUCCGCGAUGAUGACUGAGUCCAGAUACGCUCUGCUGAUAGUAGACAGCGCUACUGCUCUGUACAGGACAGAUUACUCCGGGCGAGGAGAGCUGUCCGCCCGUCAGGGGCAUCUGGGGAGGUUUUUACGCAUGCUGCUCCGUCUCGCUGAUGAGUUUGGUGUGGCUGUGGUCAUCUCUAAUCAGGUGGUAGCUCAGGUGGACGGAGCAGCCAUGUUUUCAGCGGACCCCAAGAAGCCGAUUGGAGGAAAUAUUCUAGCACACGCCUCGACUACUCGAUUAUACCUGCGGAAAGGUCGAGGAGAGACGCGGAUAUGUAAGAUCUAUGAUUCUCCAUGUUUGCCCGAGGCAGAGGCGAUGUUUGCCAUUAAUGCUGAUGGAGUGGGUGAUGCUAAAGACUGAAAUAAGACGUCCAGAGAACGUGUGUGAGACCAUCAGACAGAGAAAAGACUCCUGUAAAGUGAUUGAAAUGUGGACAUGCAUUGUUUAGUCUGAAAAUAUUCAAGAAGAUUUUGGAAGGAGAAUGAACCCUUCAGAGUGAAACUCAUGGUUUAUUUCCAUAUAGACAGAUUGAUGGAUAUUCAUGGAUCUGGGUGAUUUGAGCUGGUGUAAUUAUUUGAUCUUUACAGUGAUGUCAGCCUCCUCUUUACUAUUUGUUAUUUACAUCUUUUGUUAUAUUUGUUUGUUUUGUCUGGACAAAACCUUUUUCUUGUACAUAAGCUACUCAGAAUUAAAGCGUUUUAUCUGUUAAA